GUUGUCGCUAUUUUUUUUCUCCCUCUCUCCCUCUCUCUUUGAUUCUCGUCUUUAUCCUUUUUUUGUUUAAUUUGUGUUAAUCUAUGCUCAUUCAAGAAUUACCAUGGACAGUGUGGCAGCAGGUUAUAUUACCACUGCUAGAUGCUGUUUCUCUUACUCGACUGUCACAAACUUCUCGUCACUUUUUUCAGCUAUGUAAUGACGAAUAUCUCUGGCGCAAUCUAGUAUUUGACGAUUACAAUCUUUCACACGAUGUCAGCUAUCGAAAUAAAGGCUGGAAAGCACUCUACGGACAGUUAGAACACAGUGCGGUAUAUACAUGGGGAGAGAAUGGUGAUGGUCGGCUUGGUUUUGGUCCUCCAAGAGGAAAUCAUUGGCAGCGCUUAUCCAUGUCGGUGACUGAACCCAAAGAGUUAACGUUUCUGAGAGGAAAAGGAGUUGUGUCUAUUGCGUCUGGUGGUUGGUCUUUCCAUUGCCUGUCUAAACAUGGAAAGGUUUGGAUGUGGGGUACUAUGGAUAGUGAAUGGGAGGCCCGCGGUACUCUUGCAUUCAAAAUAGUCUCUGAGCCAACAUUGGUCAAUCUUCCACAAGAUAUCUGCAUCACUUCUUUGGCAUGCGGGCGUUCACACGCCGUAGCAAUGGAGAGAAACCCUACCGUUCUCUGGCAUUGGGACAACUUGUGGACACCAAAAAAGGUGGUUUUUGUCGACAAAUUGGUUCAGGUUUCCGCUACAUGGCGCGGAUCGUUGGCAUUGACAUGCAAAGGAGUUGUUUGCAUCGUGGACCUUCCUACACCUACUCGAUCCGAAAACGAGGUUCACGAACAAGAAACAUUAUGGCAAGGAGUCAGCUUCUCACUAGACUCUUUACGCGAAGAUGCUGUUCGGACUCAGAAUAAUGCCGUUUCUGAGGCUAUAGAAGAGGGAGACAGAAUAGUACAAGUGGCUGGAUUAGAGUCUUCGAUGAUCGCACUUUCACUGUUUGGAAAAGUGUUUAAGAUCGAACUUCGUAGACUAGACGAACUUCAAAACACACCCGCCACCUACACAACUCUGCUGGCACCUUUCAGUGCCACCUCAAAGGAGCUAAAUGAUCGCGGAAAUACCGUCCAGAGAUUCGUCAGUGGAGCAUUCAGGCAGUUUGCUGUGUAUACCACCCCUGGCAGAGUAUUGCUUGGUAACCAAGAUACUGAUUAUUCUGGAGAAUAUACACUCGAAGAAUACAAGGAAGAUGAGCCCGAGACCAAUAGCGAUGAAGAAGAAGAAGAGGAAGAAAACAAUGUAGAUCCUCAUCAACCACAACACUUUCAUUUUAUUUCACGAAUUAAUAGAGGUGUUCGUCGUACUAGUCGUGCUAGGACUAGUGAGAAUUCAAAUGUCAAGAUCCAUUGGAUUGGAAGUAACAUUUGCAAUGUGUCCUUUGGCGAUUAUCACACAGGCGCAUUGACUACAGCGGGUAGCUUAUAUACUUGGGGGAGUUAUAGCUCUGGCGCUUUGGGACACGGCGCAAGACGACAAGAUAUUCAUCACCCAAAAAAAGUGAGCGCCUUAAAUGACAAAUUUGUAUUUGGCAUUGGGUUUGGUGGAUGGCAGAGUAGUGCACUGGUGAUUCCAAAGGAAGUUGAAUAAAAAAAAAGAGAGAGAAAGGCAAAAUAUGAAUUACCUGUGUAUUCAUUGCCAUGUUCAACAU